CAGAUAUUUCCGGGGAGAUUCUGUACUCAGACUCCAGCAAGCAGUCCCUGGUUUUUGGAAUGGAGUCCCGUAUCCCAGAGAACAGUGAGGUUACCAUGGCUGAACUCAAGCUCUUCAAGAAACCCCCUAAAAUCAUGAACGUUCCAGAAAGGAGAUUCCACCGACCUGUCAACAAUGCCAGAGUUAGUGUGUAUUAUGUGGAGAUAUUGAAAGAUGGCACCAACAGAACCUCCCUGGUGGACUCUAGGCUUGUGCCAAUCAUGGAGUCGGGCUGGAGGAGCUUUGACGUGACCCAGGCUGUGCAUUACUGGAUGAGAAGUGGUGGACAGUCAUCAAUGCACUUAGAGAUCCACGUGGAUGGGGAGCGACAUGGAAGUCAUGCAUCUGAGAUGGCAAAGAUGGUUCGUUUCACCACCCAGAGCCCAUCAGACAACUCUCUGGGAAAACCAGAGCUUGUCCUGUUUACUCUCAACCUCAAUGAGCAGGGGACCCGUGGAGACUGCUCAGCAUCAGGUGCCAAGAAAGACAACAUCUGCUGCAGAGAGGAAUAUUUCAUUAACUUUCGGGAACUUACCUGGACACAGUACUGGAUUAUUGAGCCAGCAGGAUACAACGCUUUUCGGUGCACUGGAAGUUGCAAGCAACCAAAGUACCCCUUGUCUCAUUAUCACUAUGGACAGAGAACAUGCGCCGUGGUGGAAAGCGCCCCACUACCCGUAAUGUACCUGGUCAAAAAGGGAGACUACACGGAAAUCGAAGUGGCGGAGUUCCCUAAUAUGAUUGUCGAAAAAUGCGGUUGCACAAUGGACAAUAUCGCUAUCAUAUGACAGAUGGCAGCACUAAGUUCAUGCAGAUCCGGUGUGUGUAGUACUUGCAAAUGUGCUCUUAGUAACCAGGCAUGUGUUCAGUGCUGGCAGGGGCCCAUUUCGUAAAGUAGGACUGAGCGCCUUUUGGCCUCUACAGCUUUUAAAAGGAUGCUGUGAGUUGUACUUUAACAGCAGGGUUGCAGUUUGGGCAAACUGAUGUAAUGUGCACCCUGCUGUCACCAUCUUGCCCUACUGACAGGUGUUAGUUACUACUGUAGGUGCUGCCUCAAAGGGAUGUGGAGGGCCCAGUGCAGCUGCCCCUGCACUUACCCUGAAGACAGCCCUGUUAGCAACGGAACCGUAAGAAUAUGGUUUUACCUAGACCAAAUCUUACUACUCCUUCUGGGAGUUUGUAAAAGCAGCGACAAUUUCCGAUCUCAGUAAUGUCUGUGGCAGAAUGAUAGAAGCAUUUAGAGAAGCACUUACCUGUAAAUAGACUAAUAUAGAUAUUUAUCUCUCGUUGACUCAGCCACACUGCGGCAUGGAGAUGGCUCAUAAAAUAUAAAUUUGACAGAGGUAUUUCUAUUGGAAGAUCAUUUCAGCAUAUUUUUUAAAUUCUAUAAAUAUAUAUAUAACGGAAACUUUAAUCAAACAAUAAAGUUUGUGAUGAAAAUA